AUGCAGUCUAAAAGCCUGAUUGCAUUUAUUUCGGCUCUGGCAAUAUCGUCUGCUUCUCCUCUACGGCGUAGGUGCAGCAACACCACCAUCCCACUCACACCCACUAAUCCGGCACCUGCGCCUCCAGCGGUCACUACUCCAGCUCUACCUACAACCGGAUCCGGCACACAGCUCGCCGGUCCCGGUAACUCUACACUAAAGCAUAUCCUCAUUGGUCAUGGAAUUCAGAACUACACGUGUGCUUCUGCUGGCGCCACGGCAUCCUCUAUCGGUGCCUUAGCCGUAGCAUGGGAUAUUACUUCUCUAUCGACCUCGCUUUCGUCGGCCGACUUCGAUGCGCUCCCCUCUAAGGUAUUACGUACGACCUCAAUGCCACUCAACCUAGCGACGGACGGCAGUGGUGGGGCCGAUGUCUCAGCCCCUUUCCCAGCACCCGCGGACUUGACAAUCAAUGGUGUGCAGGGCGCCGAGGACUUGAAGUUCAUGGGUCACCAUUUCUUCGAUUUGGCCAACACGCCGACUUUCGACCUGACGGGUGCGGGGGACGGCGAAUUGUUCAAGGGCAAGAAGGACGCGGGUAUUUCAGCACCUGCCGAUGCUGACGCCGGUGAAGACCCCGCUACAGGAGCGGUGGACUGGCUACGACUAAGCGACAAAGGCACGAGCAACGGUGUAAGCCUAGUCUACCGCGUGUUAACAGCUGGUGGAAACCCAGAAGCUUGUACAGAGGCGGGUCAAAAUCAAAGUAUACCAUAUGCAGCACAGUAUUGGGUGUACUCCAAUUAA